AUGCUGACAAUUCCCUCUUCACUUCAGGGCAACUGCAAGUUUGGCCCCAAGUGUGCCAACAUACACAUGCUCGCCGAUGGACGUCGAAUCAACUAUGGAAAGAAUGGCAUCACUAUCGGUCAAAGUCCCUACCCCGGCCCCCGCGGAAACGCCGGCGCAACUUACAACACCUCGAGCAGCGCCCUGACGAACUCAUUCAUGAAGGCUGAUGCGAGCCAACCAUACGGUACCUACGGCUACCCAAUGUCCCCGAGCGACAAGCUUCAUCAACUCGAUCGCCAGCCCAGCAUGGAGAAUGGCCUCCCCACGAUCGACACGACUUACUCACACACGGGCUCGCAAUAUGGUUCGCCCCGCGAGGAGGAUCCCACUCGUCUUGGCUUGGGCUUGUCGCCAAUCACCGCCAAGGGUCUGUCCGUGCUCGAUGCCCCGCUGCCAGCUUCGUUCGACUCCAACGGCAUCUCCAACGCUGCACGUUACCCCGGCGGCCCAUGGCCAUCUUCUGUGCCGUCCGCCUUUGGGCUCGAAUCUCCGUCGCCCUCAUUGAUUGGUGCCAAGGACACAGGGGCUUCCGAGGCUCUCAAAUCAUUGCAUCGGUCUGCUUUUGGCAGCAGUGACCUGGUCAACACGGUAACCGCAUCAUCGCCACCAACGCAACCUACGGAUGAAUACUUUGGAAGACGCCAGAUGCACUCCAGCCGCUAUGCUAAGCCCAAGCUGUUGAGCAGCAGUGCCCCUCGUGCCAUUGUCGGCGGGAUUGACCGUGACUGGGAUGCCGAGUUCCCCUUCCUCGAGGAGGAUUAUGUGCCCGAUAACCUCAAAGAUCUGCUCACACCUGCCGAGAAAGCCAGACGUGGCUCUCGGGCUGCCGAUGAAGAUGCAAACGGUCACAGAGUUACGAACGGCAUCCUGGGAAUGAGCGGCACCGGUACGCCCAGCGCCGAAGUGCCUUCAAAGUUUGGAAGCCCAAUGGCGGCAAGUCCCAGUCGCUGGGGUCCUCUCUUCCAACGAGGGCAGCGAGAUGACGACGACGCCAAGCGACAUGCCUUGGCUACAAGUGGCGCUUUCGGUCAUGUCGGCAGCCCGCUUCGCAAUUCGAUGCUCAACGAAGAUCUCAUGCGGCCGCAUGGAGGAAGCAGAUCGGGCAGCGUGGAGGGUCUCAGCGCUCUAACUCAACAGCUGCAGAGGACCCGUAUCGAUGGCAGUGGGGGCGACUCGCCACACUUGCGCCCGACGAUCGGUGGCCGACCAACGAAUGGACGCACGACUGAGCGCCACGUCAGCAGCGGUUCCAUCAGCUCGAGUGCGCGGUACACGACUCCUAUAGGCGAGGAAGACGGCGAAUUCGUCUUCAGCAUGGAUGAAGAUGGAGACAAUACUGUGCGAGCCAGGAAGCGAACCUCGGGUCUUGGCUCAGCCAUGAACAUUUGGGGCAACGGCAACAGCUACGCUGGUGUGGCGUCAGGUGCGGGUGCGGGCAAGAAGGACGAUACUUCUCGCGUCGUGGACAGCGUUGGCGGUCGCUGA